UUAUUUUGCUAACUUCAUGUCCAUGUGCUCUCAAAACAAAUACGCAUACAGCAUUUCAUCCGCGGAUACGUGUGAUCUAUUUGUUCGCUUCGCUUCUCUGUUCCAAUAAAGAUUCCUGAUCAAGUUCGUACUAGAAUCUAUUAAGAUUCCUUUAAAUCCGAUUGCGCAUUCUUUACUUUUGUAUUCUCAACCGAAGCCGGUUGCCAUCGCCACAAUGGAAGUGGAUCGCGUCGCUUCCGAUUCUGAAAACGUGGCGGUGGAUGAAAAUGAGAAAACGAUCGUUGAGCAAGGCGCAGGGGACGCAGCUGCGUCCCAUUCGGGGCGGUUACGUCGUAAAAAUAAGAAAUUCGCUCGCACAAACAGCAAGGAGGGUGCCGUGAACAAUGUCGCCACUCCUUUGCCGAAAUAUCGUAGUUGGAAGAAUAGCCGCAGACCACGCAACGGUCACGGCAGGGGCUUGCCCAAGAAAGGCGGUGCCGGCGGCAAGGGGGUGUGGGGCCUCCCUGGGUCCGAGAUGCUGGAGGAGUACGCUGAGGACGAGAACGACCCCAACUACGACUCCGAGGCGAUCACCAAUGGCGACAUUGAGUUCAAGCAGGUGAUAGUGGAAGCCGACCCCGAGGAGAUCGUGCGUAAAUCGGAACCGGUGAUACUGGAGUACUUUGAGCACGGCGACACCAACGCGGCCGCCGAGGACUUCCUCGAAUUCGUUUCGUCAAAACAGAGUCAUUUGGUGUGCGAGACCAUAAUAGAAAUAGCCCUGGACCACAAACCAUCCCAUUGCGAGAUGGCCUCCGUCCUUAUAUCUGAUCUCUAUGGCAGGAUCUUUACGGUCAAGGAUAUCGGCUAUGCUUUCGAGCGUCUCCUAGAGAAGGCGCCAGACCUGAUCCUGGACACGCCCGACGCGGCCGUACUCCUCUCCAACUUCCUGGCGCGGUGCGUCGCCGACGACUGCCUGCCGCCGCGCUUCCUGCAGAACAUGGCGCAGCUGCCGCUGAACGCGCCCGCCAGACAAGCCAUACACAGGGCGGAAACGUUACUGUCUAUGAAACACGGCCUCGUGCGGUUGGAUAAUAUAUGGGGCGUCGGAGGCGGCAUCAGGCCGGUCAAGUCGCUCAUCCGGCAGAUCCAGCUGCUGCUGAAGGAGUACCUCACGUCGAGGGAUCUCGCGGAGGCGAUGCGCUGCGUGCGCGAGCUGGAGGUGCCGCACUUCCACCAUGAGCUGGUGUACGAGACGGUGUUGCUAGCGGUGGAAGCAAUAAACUCGAGCGUGGAGGACCAGCUGUGCACUUUCCUCGCCGAGUUGAGGCGGUGCGUCAUCGUCACACCCGAUCAGAUGGAUAGAGGCUUCCUGCGCGUGCUCGAGGACAUGUCCGACAUAGUGCUCGACGUGCCGCUCGCGUACAUAAUGCUCGACCGGUUCGUCGAGCGUUGCCAGCAGCGGUUCCGGCUUGGCGAGCCGGUGCUCAAGCGGAUGCCGACACGGGGCCGCAAACGCUUCGUAUCCGAGGGAGACGGUGGUGCGAUCAAAGAUCACGCCCUUAAGCUGAGAGAGUAAAUUGUUACGCGCGCACGCACAGACAGACGGGUGUAUAAUAUAUCUACAUAUGCAUACAUAUUUUUUUAUAUAUUUUUUGAAAAGGACUUAAAUUACAUGACACGAAUGGCCAUAGGUGAAAUAAGUUCUAUCUCGUCGCAUCGUGAAUGGGAGUUCUAUUCUACACUAGACGCCCGUCCCGGCUCCGCUUGGAUAUCAAGAUUCCUGUUUUGACCCAUGGUAGCAUUUAAUCGGGAUAAAAAGUAUCCUUUUACCCGAGACAGCUAGCUCAUAGCCAAUUUCAUCAAAUACUCUUAAGCGUGACUGAUGGACAAAUAUCAAAACAAUCAAACUUUCACGUUUAUAAUAUUAGUGUGAUUGAAUCGAUUUUAAAAUUUAAUUUAGGAACAAAUCUGACUGCUGCUUUUUUUUUUCCUUCACAAAAUAUAUAUUAUACACCCUUGAUACGCGCAUAUGUGGUAAUUGCCUUCAUUUAUGAUUUAAAUACAAUUGGCCAUGAUAAAUUGUGUUUAUUGGAGCUUGUCUUAAGUUAGAGUAAGCGUGCACUUAGUUGCAAGAUGAAAAAAUAUAUCCACAUAUUUACGAUUGACAGACAGCCUCAUAACUUAAUGACUUUUGGAUCUCACUAAGUGCAUGCUUAGUACUAGCUUAUCAAAGUAUUGACUGAUUGGAUAUUAUUUAGUGGUCAUAGUACAAAGAAAAAUCUAGUGUUAAUGUAUUUUUUUAUGUGACUCUGUGGUAUAAUAGCGAUACUACAAAAAAAGUAAAAAUACUCUCUCUAUACACCAUGUCAAAAGUCAUAUUGCAAAAAUAAAUCGAAGACUAAUUUAAAUAAUAUUGCAUCCACUUUUGGAAAGCAUAUGAAAUAAAAAUCAAACAAACGGUAUGUGAUUACGAUUAUAAAACGAUUAUAUAAUAAUUGCAUCAAACUUCGUGUGUUUUGUUUUAUAUUGUCUAUGGUCUGCUGCGCGUUGUCUGUGACGUGUUCGCCGCGUAAAUCGACUGUUUAAUCUGUGGCUGUUUGAACGGUGUGCCAUUUAUUUUUUCUAGUACCUACGUAGACGAGUCUGAUCGUCAAACAGCCACGGAUAUAAUUUUUUUUUCUCUAUGUAUUUACUAUAUUAAAUAUAUAUUUAAGUUGUAUCGUAUAUUCACGAUAUUUUAUUGCACGUCUAGGGACGUUAGUUUAGGUGUUUUUAAAAAUUCUUUAUACAUUUACGUUAGGCAUUGCGUUGAUGUCGUAUAUGGGAGUGAGUACAUGGAGGAUUAAUUAUGUAUCGUGCUGGUAAUAAAUAACGGAACGGUUUAUGGACAUUUUCCGCUAUUUAAUCUUUCGUCAAUUAUAAAAUUGAUGUGUCAUUUUUUUUUCAACUGACUUCAAAAAAAGGUUUUUUUUGGGUAUGUUACCUCUCAACUUUUGAUUGGGUGAACAUAUUUGGAUGGUUGUUUUAUUUGAAAGUUGAUGCUUUCCGUGUGGUUCCAUUUAAUUUUGUCUAGUUAUGUAGCUGCGAAGUAGUUUUUUGUUGAAAAUAGUUAUAUUUCGUUUGUUUGCUGAAGAAAUAAGUUGAGUAUGUAAUUCUCAUGUGCGACAUUAAUGAAUUCGCUUAUGAGUGAGAGCGAGAUGGCGAUAUUUCUCUCUGAUAGCAAUAAUACAAUAUUUGUACGAUCCCUUCUACCAUCAUGCAUUGUUUAUGGAAAAUUAUGUUGUACAAGUGCAGUUAAGUAUUUUAUUUCUCUGUCCAAAACGAAAUAUUGCUUUAUUAUAUUCUCAAUUAAAUGCAUUUACGAGUAUGCUUUUUUUUUCAAUUGAACACUUGGAUUUUUUUUUCUUUUUUUCCCAUUAAAAAUAGAAAUGUCACUUUUCAAUAGUCACAACGAAUGGAGAACUCUUUAAAAUUAAAGUUAAUAGCGAAAGCUUAUGAAACCAUAGAGAAGGAGAAUAGAAGAAUCAAUGCACAAUUUACAACCCAUAGAGUAAUGAAGCGGUCUCAAGCAUUUAUGAUUCGCCGAAAUUGUUGACAGCGUGUAAAUAUCUUGAGCAAUUAAAUGCAUCAACAAAUAAA